UUUCUUUUUUAUUUUUUCCCUUUCGCGGAAAAAGAAAGGAGGAAGUAAAUUAUGGUUGUCUGGUGACUUUGUUGUGGAAGUGGCGGGUCUUGAACACUUCGCUCCACCAACGCUUGACGGCAAAGCCAAAAUCCCCAAAUUCAAAAACCCUAGUUUCCGUCUCCACUUUCCUCCAAAUGGAUCUUCCACGAUCAACUUCUGCAAACGGUGACGACGUCGGAAUUCCUGACGAUUUACGUUGCAAAAGGUCUGAUGGUAAACAAUGGCGGUGUACCGCCAUGUCUAUGCCGGACAAAACUGUGUGCGAGAAGCACUAUAUUCAGGCAAAGAAGAGGGCGGCGAAUUCUGCAAUGAGAGCGCACUUGAAGAAAGCAAAGAGGAAAUCGUUGGAGGAAGGUGAUUUGUACAUGGAAGAUAAGAGUGAUGAUUUCGAUGCGCCUAUGUCGAGUGGUAGGAUUGCUGAACAAUCUCAUCCUGCGAAGAAGUCGUCAAAGAGUCAGGUCCGGUACUCGCCUGAUACUCCACCUACUAGGAGUUUGCCUGUGCGUAAUUCCUCAAAGCAUGAGGAUUCCCAGAGAGAUUUGUCGCCGUAUGAAGAGAAUUGGAGGCCUUAUAAGACAAAUGCUGCGGAUUCUUUGAGGAAUUUGUCGCAGAAAAGCUUUGAUGCUAAUGCCACGACGGAGUACUCUGAUGCAAGCACAAAUUCCUCCGAAGAGAUUGGUGGGCAGACAUGCCAUCAAUGUCGAAGGAACGAAAGAGAUGGAGUAGUCUGGUGUCUCAAGUGUGAUAGAAGAGGAUAUUGCAGCAAUUGCAUCUCUAAAUGGUACUUGGAUAUACCACCGGAGGAAAUUCAAAAAAUUUGCCCUGCGUGUAGAGGUAUUUGUAACUGCAGAGUGUGUCUACGUCGUGGUAAUUUGAUAAAGGUAAGAAUAAGGGAAAUACCGGUUCUAGACAAGUUGCAAUAUCUCUACUCUCUAUUGUCGUCUGUACUACCUGUUAUCAAACAGAUCCACGCUCAACAAUGUUUUGAAGUGGAAGUUGAAAAAAGGAUCGUAGGAGAUGAGAUGCUUCUUCUUAGGGCAAAGUUGAAUGCAGAUGAGCAGAUGUGCUGCAAUUUUUGCAGGAUACCCAUUAUCGAUUAUCAUCGGCAUUGUCCAAAUUGCUACUAUGAUCUAUGUCUCAAUUGCUGUCAAGAUCUACGGGAAGCAUCCACAUCAGGAAAUGGUGGAUUAGAUAAUGUGAAUGGUUUGGUGGGCCAAGACGAGAAACCUUUGUUUGAACGACAGUACAGACAGAGAUUGAAAUUCUCAGAUAAAAUUCUCUACUGGAAAGCUGAUUGUGAUGGCAAUAUACCUUGUCCUCCAAGGGAAUAUGGGGGCUGUGGUUAUUUUCAAUUAAGCCUGAAUCGGAUUUUUAAAAUGAACUGGGUUGCAAAAUUGGUUAAAAAUGUUGAAGAAAUGGUUGGUGGCUGCAGGGUUCAUGAUUUUGGAACUUUGCCAGAAGCAGAGUCAGAUGAUCCCAGCCUUUUGCACUGCGCUGAUCGAGAUAACAGCAGUGAUAAUUUUUUAUAUUGCCCAACAUCAUCAGAAAUUAAACUUAAUGGAAUCACUGAUUUCAGAAAACAUUGGGCUAGCGGCAAACCCAUUAUUGUUAGGCAGGUUUUUGACAAUUCGUCCAUUGCAAGCUGGGAUCCAGAAGUUAUCUGGAGAGGAAUUCAGGGUAAGAAUGAGGAGAGAAUGAAAUUUGAGAAUCAAUUAGUGAAGGCCAUCAAUUGCUCAGACCAGUCUGAGGUCAAUAUUGAGCUUCUUCAGUUCAUUGAAGGAUACUUUGAUGGUCGUAUCUCAGAAAGUGGCAGGCCAGAAAUGUUGAAGUUGAAAGACUGGCCUUCCCCCAGUGAAUCUGAAGAUUUUAUUUUGUACCAGAGGCCUGAAUUCAUUGUUAAAUUACCUUUACUCGAGUAUAUCCAUUCCAAAUGGGGGCUUCUUAAUGUUGCAGCAAAAUUGCCGCAUUACUCUUUACAAAACGAUGUGGGACCUAAGAUUUUUAUAUGUUACGGAUCCUUUAAGGAGCAUAGUGCAGGUGAUUCUGUGACUAAUCUUAGUAUCAACAUGCGUGACAUGGUUUAUUUAUUGGUUCAUAGUCAUUUAGUGAAGCCCAAAGAUGCUCAGGGGAUUGAUAUUGAGUGCACGGAAAAUGCCAAUGUGAAAUCUGUGGUGAAUGAGCUGCAUAGUGAUAAAGAAUUGUGUUCUGGUGACGGGAGAUCAGCAGAUCUAGUAGUCCAUGGUCAGGGGUUGAAGGAUGAGCGCGAGGCUAUGAGUGAAGCAGAGACAGAAGUUGAAAUGUUGGGUCAGAAGAUGGAAUCUAAUAUUGUCGUUGAGCAAGCUGCGAACUCCAAAAUGUCAGAUAUGAACGUUUCUGAAAAGAGUUCUGCAGUUAUUUGGGAUGUCUUUCGGCGGAAGGAUGUUCCGAAAUUGACUGAGUAUUUAAGACUACAUUGGAAGGAAUUUAGGAAGCCUGUCAACAUAAAUGAUGAUCUUAUUAUGCGGCCUCUUUUUGAUGGAGCAUUGUACCUCGAUGGACAUCAUAAAGGGAAAUUGAAAGAUGACUUCGGGGUAGAGCCUUGGACAUUUGAGCAGCGUUUGGGGGAAGCUGUUUUUGUCCCUUCAGGUUGCCCUUUUCAAGUCGUGAAUCUUCAGUCCAAUGUUCAAUUGGGGCUUGACUUCUUAUCUCCUGAAAGUGUUGGUGAGGCUGCAAGAAUGGCUGCAGAUGUCAGGUGUCUUCCUAAUGAUCAUGAAGCAAAACUGCAAGUGCUGGAGGUUGGAAAAAUCUCACUUUAUGCAGCAAGCUCAGUUAUCAAAGAAGUACAGAAAUUAGUGCUUGAUCCCAAAUUAAGUGAAGAGCUUGGAGUUGGGGACCCUAAUUUGACCGCUGCUGUUUCCGAGAACUUGGAGAAUAUGACAAAGCAACGCCAGAUAAGUUGUGCUUAGUUUUUUUAUAUUCAAUGUAUUAUAGAUUCAAAAUAGUAUAUUUUCUGAAACUCACUUCUUGACCCGAAAACCUGUACAUACCAAUGCUAUAGUGAGAUCUUGGUGCACAUACCAAUUAACAAAAUAUAUUUUAGGCAUUUAGCUUGAUGUAGAAACAUUGGAACAUCUCCAAUAUAGUUUUAUAAAUGGCAAGAUAAUGAGUUUUACAUCCUUCUUAA